AUGGGCGACGUAAGCAUCGUGUACCGGCGCAUGAUCCGGCCGGAGCCGGAACCAACCACCUCGCCGCCGGAGACCAUCCACCUCACGCCAUGGGACCUGCGGAUGAUCACCGUGGAUCACAUCCAGAAGGGACUUCUUCUGCCCAAGCCUGGCACCGCCGUCGUCGAACACCUUGCGUCAUCUUUCGGGCGUGCUCUGGGACGCUUCUACCCCUUCGCCGGCCGCCUCGUUGCCACGCCGGGCCGCAACGACGACGACGGAGGAUCACCUAAGAUCAGCCGCGUCGUUUCCCUCCGCUGCAGCGGCGAGGGCGCCGAGUUCGUGCACGCCGUGGCACCCAGCAUCACCGUCGCAGACCUCACCGCCGCGCUCUGCGUUCCGCGGGUUGUCUGGUCCUUCUUCCCGCUCGACGGGAUGCUCGGCGUGGACACCAUAGCCGACUCCCGCCCGGUCAUGGCCGCUCAGGUCACCGAGCUCGCCGACGGCGUAUUCGUCGCCCUGUCGCUAAACCACGGAGUUGCCGACGGGACAGCCUUCUGGCGCAGAUCAGCCUUCUGGUCGGAGAUCAGCCGCCGCAGCGUCGACGGCGACGGUGGCUUCGAGGUCUCCUCGCCUUUGCUGGCGCACCGGAGGUGGUUCCUUCCAUGUCCAGUUCGUUUUAGACGAAUCAAUAUCAAGACCAGCAAGGGAAUCGCAAAUUCCAUGCGACUAGACUAG